AUGAGGGUCACAGUCGUCAGCGAUGAGCUGGUUAAACCGGAAACUUCUAACAGGCAGCAUCCAAAGUUCCUCGAGCUUUCGGUGCUAGAUCAGGUUCAGUUCCGGUACCAUUGGCCUCCGCUUUUGGCUUUCUUUGACCCACCAAAGGUUCCGUUCUACCCCCUUGCCGGGCGGUUUGUGCAUCGAGCGGAAGGGUGUCUGGCAAUCGAUUGCAACGACGCCGGCAUCCUCGUGCGCGUCGCCGAGGCAAACUGCAAAACGCCCCAGGCCAUUGCCACCGGGAUGAACAUGGCGGGCUCACAGAAGCUCUACGUCUCCAAGCGGGGAGAGGACGUCACCACGGUACCACCCCUGCUGGUGCAGUUCACGCGCUUCCAGGACGAUGCAAUCAGCGUCUCAUUCUGCUUCCACCACACAGUCUGCGACGCUGCCGGAUACUCCAUGUUCAUCAACUACUGGUCUGAGCUGAUGCGGGAAAAGCAGCCGUCCUUGGAGCCCAACCACGAGCGUUUCCGUCUUCCGAAAACCCCCCCCUCCCCUCUAGUUGUCUCCGAUGAGGCCAUUGGGAUGCUUGGGACGCAAUUUUUCCGGGAGCCUAGUAACGACCGCUUCGCCUUCCGGGGAAAUCUCCGGAGCCCUCUAGUAAUCUUCCACGAGGCCGUUACAGUUCCCCGUCGAACGGCUGGAGUUGUGGGCGCUGUAACCAGCAAGCCCCUGGCGAAGGGUACGCGAGCGCCACGCCCAGGAAGACCCGCCAUUCCAAUCCCUUUGGCCGUAAUGCUCAUGUUUGGCGUUCCGCUCCUGCGACGGAGAGCGCUUCCGUUCGUUCCGGCGCUGAAAGCGGACGCGUCCCAAGGCCUUCCCGCGGGUCGCUUCGUCAGCACCAAUGACGCCUUGACCGCGCUCCUGUGGCUGAGUAUCACCGCCGCGCGAGGACUUGACCCGAAGCAGGUAACACGCCUGGGUUUUCCGGUCAACGUCCGGUCACGGACAGAACCACCUUUGCCGGAAGCCUACUUCGGCAACGCUAGUCUUCUGACGACGGAGUCCCAGGCAGCGGCGGGGGAGGUCACCACGCAGCCCUUGUCUUGGAGCGCGAGCAUCGUGCGCGACACGGUGUCGCGCGUCGACGCCGCGUACGCAAACUCCGCGCUCGACCAGAUCCGCUCGAUGCCCGACAAAGACGCGCGCGCGUCGCCGCUUUCGAUCCACCGGGGCCCCGAUGUAUUCCUAACCAGCUUCGUCAAAUUUCCGUUCAACGAAAUUGACCUCGGUUGGGGGCCCCCAGUUUCUUUCGGCGUGGCAAAUCUGUUAUUGGCGCUAGACGGGUUCAUAGUGCUGGUCGAAACCAUGGGGGGAGUGUGCGCGUACGUUGGUUUGCUGGCUAAGCACAUGGCGAGACUCUUGGCGGAUGAGACGUUCAUGAAGUACGUGGGUCUGUAG